AUGUCGAAUACCCCCGGUCCACGAAACUUUAGUCUACGAAACGUCAACUCAAGCAAACCUCAAGUCUACCGAACAAAUUCAGCACAGUCCGUCGCUGCAUCAGACGAUUACUAUUCUUUCUCAGAACGGACAAGUGAAGAAAGUCGUGUCACUGCAAUGCGCUACGCCACUCCAGACUCUCGUCCAUCGUCUCAGGCGUCUUCGCCGACGGCGCCACGGACACGGGGCGCAGUUGUUGAAGAGCUAAACCACCUAGCGCAACCUGCUCAGGACCCACACUCCCCACGUCCGCCAACAGAAAGCACAGUUCGCUUUGGGGAAGACAGAGUCGCUCGUAUCAGCCCCAAGUCCGAUGAAACUGUUCGUCGUGUACCCAGAAGUGACGAAUAUGCCGGCCCUGCACCAACACCCGGGAUGGAUGACACACCAUAUGUCCAAUUCGCACUCAACCAACUUACCCGCGACGAGGAGGUUAGCGGAGUAGCCCGACAAGACUCGAUCUCAACUGACAGAGACGAGUAUCCGGCUGAUCGCUUAGUCUGGGAUGCAGGACUUGGGUAUUUCACUCGCACUAGAACACCCAUUCGAUACACUGAAACACCUCAACGACCAAAGUAUAAGUCGCCAUCACCCCAGGCCCUGCCGCAAAGACCAGAUUCUAUUGAUCCCGAGUCUUUUGUGGCUGUUGAUCCUCCAGAGAAGAGUCUCAUGUACCCUGCUCUUGAUUACCUGCCCAUUGUCCUUCGGUCAUGGGCUUUGCUUUUGGCUAUCUUGUCGUGUUGCCUCAUGAUUGCCGGGAUAGUGUUUUGCAAUAUCUGGUCCCAUCGACACAAGGGAAUUUGGGAGUACGAUGGUAAGGGCGGCGGCCGGUAUUUUGUGAUGCAAUUUGUUCCACAAGUUCUGGCUGCGCCUAUCAUCAUUUGGACUUUUGUGAUCCAGGCUGCAGUUUACCGCGUAGCGCCUUUUGCUAUUUUGGCUGCGGAGAGGAAGAAGGGAAAUGUUUUACAGGGAUUGCCCAUUAUUCCUCGAAACUUCAUUUUCCCCGACUUCUCACACUUUCGACAUGGCGAGCCUCUUUUUGGUUUCGCUUUGUUUACUAUCUGGCUGUCGAACUUCUUCUCCAUCCCCCUUAUCAGCUGUCUCUUCCAAGCCAAGUACUACACUAUUGAUGGCCAAGGAGUCUGGAAGUGGACUUCUGUGCAGAGUGUGGGCUGGACUCUUGUUGGAUCCUACGGGCUUCUGACGAUCGGUCUACUGCUCAUCUUGCUCAGAUUUGUUCGAGGAUGGACCGGUUUAAUGUGGGACCCAGUUUGCCUGGCGGAUCUUAUCUCGAUCAUCCAAAGGUCUAACGUUCUUCACGACUAUGAGCACUCUGAGACUGUUCCAAGAGUUAGAGAAACCCUCGACUCCCGAGUUCUUCGUUUGGGCUACUGGAAGCUGUCCAUGAAGCCCGAGAUCUUCUAUGGUGUCGGUGAAGUUGACGCACCAAUCCGCACUCGCUCGCUGCACCAGACAGAGAAAACCCGAGAAAGGCAGCCUCAUGGGAUGACCAAGGUUCGUUUCGACCUCGAGCACAAUGGCAGUUCAAACGACUACCUAUAUUCCCCUGCUGCUCGGUACCGCUGGACACCCUGGUUCCUGCGCCAGGCCGCUGUGAUUACCUGGGUUAUCAUCGUUUUCGCCCUAUUCAUCGCAUUCGUCACCGUCAGCUUCGUCAACAACGCCAUCAAAGGAGGCUUCCCCCCCAAACUCCCAACCCUACCCUCGACAAGCGCAUUUUCCGCCUCCAACUUCCUAUAUAGCUUUGUCCCCGCCCUCAUUGGCAACUUCCUCUUCCUCGCCUUACAACCAAUCGACCUCUACUUCCGCGCCCUUCAACCAUUCGUCGAGCUUUCCUCCCCACACGGCGCCGCCGCAGACAAAAGCAUCCUUCUCGCCUACCCCUCAGCCCUCCCCAUCCAAGCAACCAUGCAAGCAAUCAUCAACAGCCACUGGAAAGUUGCCUGGCUAUCCUUCAUGAGCCUAAUUUCCAUUGCCAUCCCAAUCAUCGCCGGUGGUAUCUUCAUUGCACUUUGGUAUCCAUCCGACAACGAUGUCCGCAUUUCAGCCCUGAUGCCAGCUUACUACGCCCUGAUUGCAUUCUGUGCUGUAUACGCUGUGUCUUUCUUGGCGGUCUGGCCCGGUCGUCAGCGCUAUCUUCCUCACGAUAUUGCUACCCUCUCUGAUCUGAUGAGCUUUCUUUAUCAAUCGCCCCUUUUGGCUGACAAGUUACUUCGUGAGCCAAGGAGUAAAACUGAUCUCGUUACUCGGCUCAUUGUUGCACCGCCUUCGGAACGUCUGCGACCCAUGUAUGGAUUUGGGAUCUAUGUUGGUCGCGACGGAAAAGAGCAUCUUGGCAUCGAUCGCUUUACGAGACCUGGUCGUACUGAUAUGUUGAUUACGACCGGUUCGAUGAAAUGA